AUUUAUGCAGGAUCGAAAUUAUACAUAAUCUAGCAUGCUGGGCGAAUAUGACAAAAACAGCAUAUUAAAUUUCAUGAUUUACAAUAUCAUUUGCGGAUUAUAGCAGCCUCCCACUCGAAAAAAAAAAUGGAAGUAUCCAAAACGAAAACGGAAAGAAAACGCGACAUCCAAGGAGAACACUUAACAUGGAUCCCCUGAAGCAGGACCUCUGACGCCAGUGGAAAGCCCCAAGUCAAGUGGAAGGGCGCCGUGUCUACAAUAAAAAGUCCCAAAGAGCAACAAACGAGGCCCCGAAUCUGACAAAAGGGUCCAUUUAACUUCAACUUCUAUGAAAGAUCCUGUGCCUACUAAGUCACAUGAGUAAUGAGCCACUCUUGGUUCCCCCUUGUCAAUGGUAUAGGAUGCGGGUCUGCCGCAGUUCUAAUUGGGAAAAGAUUUUGUGCAUAUCGGACAGUAACUUCUUAUAUAAUGGCCUCUGAUUUUACGAAGAAUAGUGUUUUUAGCUUGUGAUCCCUCUAGAGGUCACAAAUUUUAUCUGAUUUUGAAAACCGUUCAAAUAUAACACCGUUACUCCAUAAUAAUGGUUGAGUUCGAUUUUCGUGAAAACCGGACCGAAGCUGCCAGACAAAAUGGCCGCUUCUUUUACAUAGUGUAAAGGUGUGUAAUACCAAUGUUGUGGACACUCUAGAGGUCACAAUCUUUAUCCGAUUGUGAUAAAACUUAAAAUAUGUGUUUCUAUCACAAAGAUCUCGGCUCCUUUCGAUAUUCCUACAUAUAGGACUGUAACUUCCUGGAUUAUGAUCAGUGAUUGUACGAAAAUCGCGUUUUCAGAUUGGAUUCAAAAAAAUUUCCUGGAUUCGAAGCCGGAACACUCCUUAAAAAAAGAAACGGAGGUUUGAAAUAAUGAAUAGGGUUGAUGUCAGCAUUGAAAGAUUGUUUGAUGUAGGAGUAUUUACUAUAACAGGCGGGCGUGAUAAAUAUGGAAAUCACAUCAUUAGUAUGCCUGUACAUAACUUAGAAAUAAUGGAAAGUUUGGAAACGAAACAGUUAGUUGAUGUCUUACAAAAAGUUCUUAGUUGGCAGAAAUUAAUUUACACUACGUGUCCACAGAUAGCCCUGGUCAUCAAUCUGAAACAUACACGUAAACUGGUCAUUCAGUUUAUUGUUGAUACUAUAGCCAUGUUAGAGGAAAUGAAGUUAAGUUGUAUACAAAUAAUAUAUAUAGUAAAGCCUGACACCAUAGUUAAAUCAUAUCUAUUAAAGAAACUACUCACAACAAAAACACAGCAAGUUCCUAAAUCUAACACAAACCUACAGAUUCAGUUAAUAAAGAAUGUUGAUGUACUAAGAAACUAUAUAGAACCCAAACAACUGACAACAGAUUAUGGUGGUUUACUGUAUUAUAAUCACCAGGCUUGGAUCAGUUUCUAUAAGAGUGUUAUGCCAUGCCUGAAGUCAGCAAGUAACCUUAUUCAAAAGAUACCUGGAAUUCAAGAGAAGGUGGAAUUAUGGGAAGAAUAUGAAACAACCGACCAAACUGUUGAUAACUUGCAGCAAAAUUCACAGCACAUUUUAAAAGAAUAUGAUGCUAUUUUAAAAGAAACUCGACUAAAUGAGAUAAUAGAAGAAUGUAAGCAGUUAUUACAUAUAUUGGAAACACGUGAUGGUAAUUAUAAUAUACCAAAUGUAGAUAAAACUUUAUCAUCACAUGUUGUAUUAAUGUUACAUCAAUGUUAUCAACAAUUAACUACAUUCUACAAUAAAAUAACAACGUUAUACAAGGCAGCAGACAAUAAAGCAGCUACAUCAUGUCAGCUUCAUAAAUUGAAAGAAAGAACUGAAAAGAUUACAAAAGUUAUUAAUGAUAACUAUUAUGUCCAACUUACUGAUCAUCCUGUUAUUGGAGUAACACUUAGUCAAGCAGAAAUAUACAGAACUCAUUUUACAUCGUCAUUAUAUGAACCAGCUAAGGAUCUUAUCAAUGAAGCUACAGAAAUAUUAAAAGAAUUAAAGAAUCAGUGUGAUGAUGAGAUGAAAACUAGUAUUACCAAUCAUUUAACACAAGUUAUAGAACCAUUUACACUUCUACUACAGAAAAUACAAAAUACUUAUAUAGAGAUACAUAUCUUUCAUAUGUUAUUAGAAAAGUUCCAGAAAUGGUACAGGAAAGUUUUGGUAUUCUUACCUGAAUAUCUGCGACAUAUUAUAGGAAGAAAUUAUCCCGAUAAACUUGUGACAAUGCCUGAUGAAUGGUUGCAUACAGUUGAUACAUUUCUAACCAAACACCCUUUUCCUAGAGACGAACACAUAGCGAAACUAGAUCUAGAAAUACCAACAUCAUUACCCAGACAUAUUAAACAACAAGCUCAUAAUCUAGCACUAAGAAUCAAGCUUUUACAAAGAUUGUUAACCAGCAGACGUCUUCCAGUAAAACUAAUAACAGCUUCCAUGAAAUGGAAGGAUGAAAUAUCUUCCGUUAUUCCAAUUCAAUCUAAACCAAACAUAGAGAUAGAUGCUUUAUCGGCAUCCACAGUUUCUCGGGAAGAUUCGUUUCCAGAAACAGAAGCAAAGGAAAGGGUUAAAAACAAACAGAGACGGAGAAAAUCGUUUCCACGAGAUGAUUUAUCGGUUGGGUUAUCUUCUGACCAACACGAUGAGCAGGACAGACCCGAACCGGAAAGGUUUAUUCGUGUAACUUUUACACCUAAAGAUAUACAAAAAGAUGAGCGAUUUUCUUUUGGUGAAGCAUCCAAAGAUGCCUCAAAAGUGCCUGAAAAACCAAAACCACGACAGAGAAAAUUGUUUCAAAGAGAUGAUGAUGCACCAGUCGCCUUGUCUGUAGACCAACCACCAAAUGAGAUGCUAGAAAACAAAAUGGCCGAUCCAGAAAGGUUUAUUCGCGUGACCUUUACGCCAAAAGCACCACAAAAUGAAGAGAAAUUUACUUUCGAUAAACCGAGCAUAGAAUCAACUGAUCAGGAGUCUGGUAUUGAUUUGGUGGAUUUUAAAGACCCAUACGAUGCCAUAGUUUCUAAAAUUAAAGAGGUGUCUAAUAGUCAGAUGUCAAAUAGUUUAAAACUAAAAUAUGUGACGAACUUGUUGAGUUGUAGUCUCCAUGAUAUAAACAAUCAUAAAAACGAACAUUCAUUUAAUUCAGAUAUAGGUGCAGACUCCCGGACGCAUUAUAAGAAGAGAUACGUCAAAGGGAGACACUUCUCCAAAUUGAAACCGCAUUGUGCACAAUCUGUGGAGAACCUGUGUGACCUUGAACCGACAACGAUGAAGUCUUUCCAGUCACUGCGGAAUCUUUCCGAUUUACGAGCACGUGAUGGGGACUCAGAUAUUGUCUCGUUGCACAAUUAUUCGGAUCAGUUUAUAUUGAAACGUUCCUCAUUUCACGAUGUUUUUGACGAAUUGGAGCCAAAUUACGUGACAGCAGAUUUAUCUAAAUGGUACCAAGAUUAUGAUGGAACAUAUGAUGAUACUGAACUAGACAUAGAAUCUCCCGAUAUGAACUACCCUAGUUUAGAGCAGGAUAUCCUUAGACUUCGUCUGUGUCAAAAUGAAAGACUUUUAGAGGAAGAUAUACUGGAGACAGAAAAACAGCGAUAUGAUCAAAUAGUAACUGGUAGUGACACAGUGUAUAAACAAAACAGUGGCAUGGUAGAUGAUAUUGGUAGAGGUCUAACAGAAGAUGAAGAAUGGGACACAGCUUCUCAAGUUAAUUGAACCAUAUAAUUUUUCUAUAAUUUUUUCUGUAUUUUAUUUUUCAUUUUCAAUAAAUCUACUUUUUUCAACUUCAA